AGUUUUGUAGUUUUCCGCGUGCAUAUUUUAACCAAAGUUGUGGUUGUGUACCUACCCCUGUCAGUGCUGCUGUGCUGUGACUUCUGCUUCUUUUGUUUUUGCAAUUAUUAUUUGAUUUAUUUUUAUAAUUUGGGCACGUUUUCCCGUUAAUUUUAGUUGUAAUAAUAGUUGUGAAGUGAAGAAUAUUACUUAAAAGUGAAAGAAAAACGUCAAAGGGCAUCGACCUCGGAUAGCACGCGGUCCUGGUUCUCCUGGACGCUUGUACUGUCUCGUCGACCGACAAGCUUUUGAGGACUGCAAUGGCAGACGAGCAUACGGCCCAUCCGAUGAUGAGUGGUCACUGAUGCUCAAGGAUAUCAGCAAUCAAGAGUACAGUUGAACCGCUGCCUUCACACUGGAAGUCAUUCGGAGCUCGAUUAAAAAAGGACCCCUCAUAGCGCUCGGGAAACACGGUAGAGGAAGAGACUUCGUUCCAAAGCCGGAUGAUUUUUCCUCUAAACCUCUCCAAGUCUCAAAGUGUCACAAAAGUGUAUAAUCAGCAAACCGCGCGCUCCUCUUGGUUGAAGCUCGGUUCGGGCAGCGAGUGCGUUGGCGGGUCGGGCGGCGGCGCGCCCUCUCCGCAGUCGGCGCGCGUCUCUUCGAACGGCGCUGGCGGGAUGGCGGUGAGCCGCGUGCCCAGCCCGUUGCACGACGGAAACACGCCCGUCGCAGAAAACUGGUGCUUCACACAAGUCAAAGUGGUGAAAUUCAGUUACAUGUGGACAAUAAACAAUUUUAGUUUUUGUAGAGAAGAAAUGGGUGAAGUGUUAAAAUCAUCGACUUUCUCAGCUGGUGCUAGUGAUAAAUUAAAAUGGUGUCUUCGCGUCAAUCCAAAAGGACUCGAUGAAGAGAGCAAAGACUAUUUAUCGUUAUACUUAUUAUUAGUCUCGUGUAAUAAAUCAGAAGUGCGGGCAAAGUUUAAAUUUUCAAUAUUAAAUGCUAAAAGAGAAGAAACUAAAGCAAUGGAAUCGCAACGGGCGUACAGAUUCGUGCAAGGAAAAGACUGGGGAUUCAAAAAGUUUAUCAGAAGAGAUUUCCUGCUCGACGAGGCCAAUGGUUUAUUACCCGAAGAUAAACUGACGAUAUUCUGCGAAGUGUCAGUUGUAGCGGAUAGCAUCAACAUCAGCGGGCAGAGCAACGUGGUUCAGUUCAAAGUGCCUGAGUGCAGAUUGUCAGACGAUUUAGGAGCUCUCUUUGAUAACGAAAGAUUCUCUGAUGUCACGCUAGCCGUGGGCGGCAGGGAGUUUCAAGCGCAUAAAGCUAUAUUAGCAGCGCGGAGUCCUGUGUUCGCUGCGAUGUUCGAACACGAAAUGGAAGAGAGGAAGAGGAAUAGAGUCGACAUCACGGACGUCGAUCAUGAAGUAUUAAGAGAAAUGUUACGUUUCAUAUAUACGGGCAGAGCGCCCAAUUUGGAUAAGAUGGCCGACGAUCUGCUAGCUGCGGCCGAUAAGUAUGCAUUGGAGCGACUAAAAGUGAUGUGCGAAGAGGCGCUGUGCUUGAGUCUUUCGGUGGAGACCGCCGCAGACACGCUCAUACUCGCAGACCUGCACUCCGCCGACCAGCUCAAAGCGCAGACCAUAGAUUUCAUUAACACGAGCCACGCGACGGACGUGAUGGACACGGCCGGCUGGAAGAACAUGAUCUCGUCGCACCCGCACCUCAUCGCGGAGGCGUUCCGCGCGCUCGCGACCCAGCAGCAACAGAUCCCGCCCAUCGGGCCGCCGCGGAAACGUGUGAAGCAGGCCUAGUGAGUAGCGCGCGCCGCCCGCCACUCGCCCCCAUACCAAAGACGCGCCCCUCGGCUCGCACCCGUCCGAGCCGUCCGAGCCGUGCGAGCCGUCCGAGCCGUGCGAGCCGCCCGAGCCGUGCGAGCCGUUCGCCGAGCGCCGGCCGAACGCGCGGACCACUCGCCGACCUCGGUUCGCUAUCAUUGAUCUCAGGAGCGUGCGGAUCCAACCUGGACGCUACUAUAUGCGCGUUUGUGUAGUUUUAUAAUUGUAGGCUUCGAAUUAAUAUUUUUACGUGUAUGUCGUUUCGUGAACGUUCUCCCGGCCGUGUUUAAAUGUAAAUUAUUGCUAUGUGAUGAAUAUAAAUAUACGGCUCGUCUCCGGACGGUGUCAGUGUGUCACGUAUUGAUCUGUGCCGAUACUGUAAGUUGGUCGGUCGGCUUCCUUGUGCGGACGACGUGAUUAUAUUUUUUUUAAAUUAGUAUCCUGUGCGGUGCGUUUUAAAUUAAAUUAAAAUUGGUGUUCCCCUUUUUCCCUUAGAGUUCAAAAUUGUCUAACCGCCUAACCGUGUAAGGUGUAGGCAUUUUCGAGACUAUCCGAUGUGUAGCGAAGCGUUCGAAUGCUAUAGAUUGUCUAAAGGAUCGUCCCACGGCUUCGGAUCGACUCUACGAUUCUAACGAUGCAAGUUUGACGUAGGCAUCGCACGCAUUUAUGUAUUGUACGUAGUACCGGCCCGUACGAAGCCGCGCGACUCGUAGACGUAGGGGACUCGAGUGAUUGUAUAAGUCUAUUAAAAUUGUUGGUAUUGUAUAUAGAUGAGCUACGAUCCCACCAUUAAAAUAUAUUUCUAAGUACUAACUUGUAAGUGGUAUCGCUGGUGACGCCAUUUAAUUUUUUUUACUGUAUCUAUAGGGAUGCUAUUCCAAUGACAUAUUGUGAUGUUUCUUUCGUAUAAUUUCCAUAGGGUAUAGAAACGAGCUUUCGUUUUGUUGUGGCGAUUAUCCUGAAUAAUUUAAAGAAUUAAAAUGUAUAGUUGUUGGUUCCGCUUCAUUGAUUGUAAAUUGUGUGUCAUGCUCAUAUCGCCACCAUGCACUUAUCCUCUGUGAUUUGCUCACUACAUACAUUUCUCAUAUGUGUAAACAUUAAGCAAAUUGCGUCGUAUCUUCGUCUAUUUAUUAGUAUUAUAUUAUCUUAAUUAUCUUAAUUUUUCAAUGACAACUUAGAAAACUUUUUAAUACUUUAUUUAUCUAAAGUGUCUCCCCGUUUUAUAAGUAAAAAUACCGAAAUGAAUUAAUAAUUAUAAUUGUAUGUACCGUGGCCAAUAAUAUUUAAUACCAUUUUAUACCCACUUUCAAAAAUAUAAAUUAAAUACCUACGACAGCCGUUGUCGUGUAUUAUAAAAAUAGUUACAUGAAAAACGAUUGUCAAAAGUAACUGUGAUUUUCGAAAUUGUCAGUAAGUUGAGCAAAUAAAUGAAAUGAUGAAA